AUGGGCCGAGAUUGGCUUUUUACAGAAGAACAACUUGUAAAUACACCAUCUAGAAAAGAUGGAGUAGAUGGAGCUGAAGAAGGCAAAUUACGCAGAGAAGGAGUCAAACUUAUUGUGGAGAUUGGCGGUGGUUUAAAAUUACAGCCAAAUCCAACGUUGGCAACAGCAGCUGUAUAUUUUCAUCGUUUUUAUAUGUUUCAUUCCUUCAAAGAAUUCCAGAAACAUCUGACAGCUCUGGGUUGUUUAUUUUUGGCUGGCAAGGUCGAGGAAACGCCAAAAAAGUGUAAAGAUAUUGUGCUGAUUGCGAAAGAAAAAUAUCCAGAUCUGUAUAAUAUGAAAAAUGCAAUUGAGGAAGUAAUGGGUAUUGAGCGCGUUCUACUGCAAACCAUCAAAUUCGAUCUUCACGUUGAUCAUCCAUAUACAUUUCUUCUGCAGUACCAAAAAGUGUUUAAACUAGAUCGGGAGAAGAAGCAAAUGAUUCUACAGAAUGCUUGGACAUUUGUCAAUGAUUCAAUAUCAACAACUUUGUGUCUUGUAUGGGAACCGGAAGUAAUUGCUAUUUCCCUGAUUUAUAUGGCUUUGAAAAUGACGAAAUUAGAUAACUGUGAUUGGGUUGAUCGACAACCUGGAGAGCAAUGGUGGGAUCAAUUUGUUGCGAAUUUGACGUCCGACAUGAUGGAGGAUGUUUGUCACAAAGUGCUCGAUUACUACACUAUCACAAGGACGGAAAGUCGAUAA